AGAUCUUUGGCAGUUCUGUUGUGGCAACGUUGUGGCUUGCAUACACUUUGUUUUAUUUACCUACUCAGAAAAUAAUUGUUUACAAGUAGACCGACAAAAUGCUGACGAUUUAUUUAGAAAGUGGAACUCAUGGGAAGCUCAAGAUUGCGGAAGUUUUUCAACCUGCAAGUGGUGAACAGUUAAUGGAAAAAAUAACAAACGAAUUUGGAAUAGAUUGUAGUAACUACUUCUUUAAAAGUAACGGACGUUUGGUUGAAUUUGACGACAUUGUUUACAAUGGAGAUUUAUCACUGGAACCAAGAUUAUGUGGCGGUAAGGGAGGCUUUGGGUCAAUGUUACGUGCCAUUGGUGCACAAAUUGAGAAAACCACAAAUCGAGAGGCUUGCAGAGAUCUCAGUGGUCGUAGAUUGAGAGAUAUUAAUGAGGAAAAAAGACUCAAGGCUUGGAUUGAUAAACAAUCAAAAAGAGAAGAAGAAGCUGCUGAAAGAAAGAAAAGAAAACUGGCAAAACUUUGUGCCGAGCCGAAACAUGAGUUUAAAGAUAAAUCUUAUGAUGAGCAACGUUCUGCAUUGGCAGAAAGAGUAGAAGAUGCAGUAGAGGUAGGCUUUGCAGCUGCAUCUACAUCAGCAACUAAAAGAGCAGCAGAUGAGUCUGCAAAGACAAACCUAAAAAAGAAGAAGAAGACUAUAUUGGAUCUAGAAGAUGAUAUUGACUCUGAUGAUCUUGAUUCUUCAGAUGAAAGUUCAGAUGAAAAAGAAGCAGACAAGAAGCAAACAUCUACUAGUAAAUCAGACACUGAAAAUUCAUCUGAUUCUGCUUCCAGCAAAUCAAAACCUACUAAUGAAUCACCUAAAUCUAGUAGCAGCCACACUGAUGAUACAAGUCGAUAAUUUAACAAUAAAUGCAAUUUCUCAUGUACUAAUAUACGUUAUUGAUCUUUUUUUUUUUUUUAAUUUUGAUCUGAAGAUCAGAGUUUUUUAUGUGAAAAAACAAAUCUGUACAUAACAUAAUGAGUAAUUUUGUAUAUUAUUAAAUAUAAUCAGUACAAGCGAUAUUAAAAAUGUAUUCAUGUAGUAUUCAUAAGACCAUGUUCAUAAGUAUUUAAAAUAAAUAUGUAAUCCUAA